AUGGCUCAGCUGUCGGCCACCUCCACGUCCCGGGCAGCCUUCCUGCACUGCCUCCGCUGGGGGAUUUGGAGCCCCUUCCAGCAGGCCACGGACUUGAAGGGGGAAGAGAUAGAGCUGGUUCUGCAAGGAGGCGCAAAGCGAAACCCUCAUGGAGUCAUGGUCUACAGCGCACAAGCAGCUGCCAACACUCCAGGCACCACCCAGGUUUCGGAGGCAAAGGAUACGAUCAGGUUCCGUCUUUCUCCUGGUUUGGAAAGGAAAGCCACCAGCCCAAAGACAUCAGCCAGGACCAAGCAGCAGGAGGAGGGGUCACGUCACAGGAGAUCACCUUCAUCCCCCGCUCACGGUCACCAGUCCAUUCCGUCUCAUCCAGAGUCUCCUCCAGGCCCCGGGCUCUCACUGUCUCAGCUGGCAGCUACUUCACGCUACCCGACCAUCAGUCACUCCGGCUCGGUGUUGCCUUGGCAACAGUCGUUUCCUUCUCUGCUCCAUCCUUCCCCGUUGGCAUCGGCCCACCAGCUGUCACAUGUCGCCUGCUCAGCUGUCAGCAGCAUCGCUCACCUAGAGAUGGAUGUUCAGCCGGAUGUGUCACCUUCAGCUCAGGACGAUGGAGACCAGCUCCAGGAGUUGGCCUUCACCCCCGUCCAUGCCCCCGUCAUCACUCUGAGGAUGAAUGUGCCCAGUUCCUGCUCAGUCAGCUCCAGGAGCUCGCUGGCCCACCUCUACUCUGCUGGUUUCCCAGACAUCGUGGACUGCAGUGGGCAGGUAGCGGAGGUUCUGGAUCCCACAGAGGCUGUGCCCUUUGACCCCAAGCGUGAGGAAACAGACGCACAGGGCAACAUGAUGGUGUUCCAGUUUCUGGCCUUUACCAGGAUCCCAGGGUUGGGUGUCGGUCCAGGUUGGCCUGAGGAUGUCCACUUCACCUUCCAGUUCUACCGCUUUCCACCAGUCACGUCCCAGCAGCUCAAGCUCCUGACCAGUGACAAGGUUCAGCGGAAACCUAGUGAUCCGCUUCCAUGUGUCCUGGCCUCCAUCAACAAAGACGGCACCAUCAACUCUGGUGCACCAGGGCUGCAGGUGCAGUUCAGAGUAGACCAGUCCUUCCUGAAGCCAGGAGAGAAGCGCUGCUUCCUGCGUUACCUGGCCCUCCACACCAUGCACAUCGACAUCUGGGACAGUAACUCACUGCUGCUCAUAGGUUCCACUGCCAUUGAACUGAAGUACAUGUUGCGUCAGGGUAAGACAGCAGUUCAGGCCCUUCACGAGCUGGAGGUGCUGACCACAGACUACGUCGGAGAGGACGCCCUGGUGACCAGUGCUGACCCAGGCCACCGUCCGGCCUCCGCUCCAGUGACCGUCCACACUAUUGUCAGGGGUCGACUGCAUGUACGCACAGGAAACAUCGGUGUCCCAGUAGAUCCCAGCAGAAGGAGGAGUGUGCAUGCGACGCAGCCCCAUUCUCACGUCAUCAUACCACGAGAGAUCGUCGGUGGAUUCAAAGGGGGAAGCCUGUCGCCAAGAAACCUCCUGCAGCUCAACGACAGGAAUGCCACUCAGGCACAACGACCGCACAGAGACGCGGACGACACGCCGUCCUCCAGACGUCCACUCAGAGCCCACACCGUCCAGCCCCGACGACCGGAGCCGCACCAGAGCGACGACGGCCGCCGCAAGCUCAGCUGCAUGGCAGCGGUGCACCGACGAGAGGGAAGAGAAGACGCUCAAGUGGCUGCGAUCACGACUACAGACGCACGACCGAGCAGAGAAUUCCACCAGAACAAACUGAGUGAAGAGCACAGCAAAGCGGAGAGCAUCACCAGCAUGCUGAGCCAGGCCAUCACCACCCAGCACCUGCUCUACGCCAGCCUGGGUUCAGCCCACUACAUGGAGUUUGUCCUCAAAAACCCUUUCAACGUUCCCCAGACCGUCACCAUCCACAGCGACGACCCUGAGCUCAGUGUCAUCACUAACACGGAGGAGUGGCGUUACUUCAAAGACCUAACCAAGACGCCUACCCCGCUGGAGGAGAACAUGUUCCACCUGGAUCCAGGUGCCCCAGGUCCACGGGUUUACCUCCGACCCAAGGAGAGCGUCCACAUUCCCCUGAAGUACCAGAGCUUCCUGUGUGAGCACAGCACGCUCCUGCAGGGCCCAAGCGUCCUACCUACAGGCAGAAGUUCUCUGGUGGCCAAGAAGAAUCCAUCCAAUGUCGUCGUUGCCAAAUCUAUGAAGGUGACGUUCAGAGCCGACGACGGUAAGCCCGUGGCCAUCUGCCAGGUGAACGUGGAGCCCACGCCCCAUGUGGUGGACCAGACGUUCAGGCUGUACCACCCAGAGCAGUGUUUUCUGAAAAAGGCCAUCCGCCUUCCACCAUGGCACCACCCCACAGCUGCAGACCCAGAUGUCAGGACUGACAUUUCUGUGCGCUGCAGUGACCAGAAUGUGAUCUGCCAGACAAAGAUGCUGGUGCCAGGGGAGCCUCAGGAUGUGUACCUGAAAGUGCCAGGGAGUCCCAGUCCACACAUCAAGAUGUUUUUUGUGAUGGUUUUCACUGAUAAGUGGAUGGCAGCGCCCUCUCAGAUCUGGCAGGUUUACGUUCAUUUCCUGGAGCGUGUGGACGUCAGCUGUGUGAGCGGCCAGCGGAGCUGUCAAUCAGUGGUGCUGAGGGGGAAGCAGGCCAUGCGAAAGGUCAAAUGUUUCUCAUCACACCCCCAGGAGAUUGAGGUAGAUCCAGAGGGUGUAUUCGUUCUUCCUCCCAGUGCGGUGCAGGAGCUCCAGCUGAAGGUGCAGCCGUGGCAGACGGGCAGCCGCUUCCUCUACGUGAAUGCGGUGGACGUAGAGCAGCGGCGGCUGGUCGCUGCCUGGCUGCUCUGCCUCAACGUCCACCAGCCCGUCCUAUCCAAGGCAUUUGAAGUGUGCGUCCCAGUGGGCGGAGGACGGGGCAGCUCCAGGAAAAUCACCUACACCAACCCCUACACCAGCGGCCGUAGAUUCCUGCUGCGCUCGGACCACCCGGACCUGCUCCAGUUCAAAGAGGAUCAGUUCCAGAUCGGUGGAGGAGACAGUUACACCAUCGGUCUACGCUUCGCUCCCAGUCAGAGUCCUGGUUCGGUGGAAAUCCUGGUCUACGUCAACAACAUGGAGGAGAAGACGGAGGAGACGUUCUGUGUGAAAGUCAACUACUCAUGACUGUUGGUGUCAGUACAAAGUGUUUCUAGUGUUUUUUUUUUUUUUGUAACAUUUAAAGUGGGAAUUUUGUAC